AUGGUGCAACUUCCUCUUCUGAAAGACAACACUAAGAAAAAGAGUGACAGAAAUGACCUUCCAAGUAUUCUGAACUCUCAUUCUGUGUCUUCAAAGCAUAUUGACUCCCAAUCAGAUAGUCAGUGGGAAAGAGACCCUAAGCAGUCCAAGAAUCAGAUUCCCAUUGGAAUGUCUGAUAGCUUCUCUGUGACUAGAGAUCCACACCCAUUAACCCUGGAUAACUACUGCAUUUCCUUUGGAUGUUCCAAAGCUAAAGAGCCUGAAUUGCACAAAACUGAAGCAGAUAUAAAAUAUGAAGUCUGUAGUGGUGAAACCCAUCAAGUUUCAGUAACCUCUGAGAAUUUAAGUAUUAUAAGUAAAGACUGUGUUUUUGAUCCUGAUGGUUAUUUCAGCCCAAGUGAAAUAGUACGAGAAGAAUGUGAAGGUCCGCCUUCAAGACAUACAGAGAGUUUCAAAGUCAAGACCUGGAGAAAAAAAUUAACAACCAGGUGUGACCCUAACCUAUAUCACAAUGUAGAUGUAAAAAAUGUUAUGGUUAUUGAGCCUGGAAACGCUGAUGCAGAUUCAAGCUUUCAAAGCAAAGCUAUACAAGAUCAUACCUUAGCGAAUACCAUUCCUAAUGCCUUGAUGGAUCUUGAACAAUCUGAAAGCAGUUUUUGUGCAACAGCAGACUCAAGAAUGGUAAAAAAUGUCACUGAUUUUGAAACUACUGAAGGUAAUAUUACUGAAGCAUCUCCCAUCCAUAUCACAACAUCCAGGCACGGACCACCUCAGGUUCCCAAAGCUUCCAGUCGCUCUGCCCGAAGAAACAGCAUGCCACCUAACUUAAGCCAAAGCUUCAACAUAUUUGCUCACAAAGAGAGUGACAGGUAUAAAGUAAACAGCAACAGAACCAACUCUGCUUUAAAAGCUAAAAUAUGUACCACGGUUUCUCAAGACUUUAUUAUUUUGGGCAAGAGUUCCAUCCAACACCAAACUAACAAGAUAAAGAAUCCCAUUUCCCGUUCUCUAGGACUGUCUUGUGAAGAAGCUGGGGUUUCAUCAAAGUUUCAGAGGAGACACCUUCAGCAGGAGAAAUGCCACCAGAAAUCCCCAAAGCAGGCACUUCCCAGUAUCUCCAACAACUCCGCUAGCUCAGGAGAAGCCAUAGCUCCUUUUCCUGUUAGACAAGUACAUUCCUCUGUGGGCUUCUUGGACCUGAAAUACAGUGACAUGUUCAAGGAAAUAAAUUCAAAUGAUAAAGGGCCUGGUAUUUAUGAGAUGUUUGGGACUCCGGUAUAUUCCCGUAAGCCUGAUGAACAUGAAAAUAGAUACUGCAGGAAUGUGCAUUCUGCGCCAGCCAGGAGGCGCAAUGUUUCAAAACAUAAAUCUAACCAUUGCAGUGGGAAGAGCAGCAGAAUGAGAAAUGUCCAGAAAAGAAUAUACCCUAAAUCACACAAGAAUCCCCUUGCUAUUAAACACAUGCAGAAGGUUUUGGUGCCAAAAGAGGCAACUGAGUUCGAGGGCAGGUGUCCAGAACCGGACGAAGGUGUGACUGUCUCUGGUACAGAGCAGCAGCAAAUCAAGACUGAUGGAAGCACAGCACCAUUUCAUGAAGUUGUUGAUCAGCAGCUUCUGGUUUCCACUGAACCUGCUAAACAAUAUGAAAUCAUUCCUAAUUCAAAAUUGUCACCUAUUGAAGAAGUAUCACUGGAAUAUACUUCAGAUGUUGAUGACACUUCUAGUCAUAAAGCAUUUGCCACUAGUGUCCAUGAAUUACUUUGGCCAGAGGUUAAAGUUCAUGCAAAAUAUGCUCCUUUCUUAAGUUGUGAAAAAGAUGAACCUAAAAAUCCAGGGAAGAACGGCUUAAUUCAGGGGAAACCUGAAACAACAACCUGCCUUGUGGAAUUGGAAGCAAGCCCAGUUUUGUGCUUUGAGGAGAAUCAAGCAAAACCUUCUGCAUUGACUUUUCUAGACAGGAUCAACUCACCUCUGCCAGAUCGCCAAAUUAAAAAUGUCAGCUUAGCAAAUAUAUCAACUAAGCAGUCAUGCCAUCCUGUCAAUUUAGUUUCCCAGACAUAUGCAAACAUCAUGAGCUAUGAGAACACUGAGGAAAUAACAGAAGACAUAUUUUGUUACUCAGUAGCUGAACAGCUCUCUCUUGAUGGUGCAGAUGGCAACUGUUCAGGAGCAGUUACAAAGAAUGCAGAUGUUGAGACACAACAUAGAAACGGAAACGCUGAGAAUAAAGAUGAUAGUGCAGCAAAUGUUAGAAAUAGUAAGAAUUUCUGUAUGGACUUCUUGGAAUCCAGUAAUGAAAAUAGGUUUUUAAAUGUGACUACAUUUUCAGAAAACAGCUUAACCGAUGAAGAUCCUAUACUGUGGACCAAAGGUGAAAUCCUUGGAAAAGGAGCCUAUGGGACAGUAUAUUGUGGACUUACAAGCCAAGGACAUUUAAUAGCUGUGAAACAAGUAGCACUUAAUACCCAUGAUCAAGCUGGGAAUGAAAAGGAAUACCAGAAACUGCAAGAAGAAGUUGAGAUUUUGAAAAAUUUAACGCACAUCAACAUUGUAGGGUACCUGGGAACUGGUUUAGAAGAUAACAUCGUGAGCAUCUUCAUGGAGUUUGUUCCUGGCGGCUCCCUUUCCAGUAUUAUCCGUCGUUUUGGGCCAUUGUCUGAAAUCGUCUUUUGUAAAUACACUAAACAGAUUCUAGAAGGGGUUGCAUACUUGCAUGAAAAUUGUGUGGUCCACAGAGAUAUUAAAGGCAACAAUAUUAUGCUUAUGCCCAAUGGUGUUAUCAAGCUCAUAGACUUUGGAUGUGCAAAGCGUUUAGCUUGUGUAAGUCUGACUAAUACACACAGUGAACCAAUCAAAUCAGUUCAUGGCACUCCCUAUUGGAUGGCACCUGAAGUGAUAAAUGAAUCUGGCUAUGGAAGAAAAUCAGAUAUCUGGAGCACUGGCUGCACCAUUUUUGAGAUGGCCACAGGAAAGCCACCAUUGGCUUCCAUGGACAGGAUAGCAGCCAUGUUUUAUAUUGGUGCUCACAGAGGACUUAUGCCUUCACUACCCAAGCAUUGUUCCAAAAAAGCAGAUGAUUUUGUCCAUUUGUGUUUAACCAGGGAUCAAUGUGAGCGGCCUUCUGCUCUACAAUUGCUGCAGCAUCCCUUCAUAACAAGAAACUCAUGAACUUCGCAAAGCCUCUAUA